AAUGCUGUUGAGCUCGUGGAGUUGAGUUUGGAUUGAGAUCCUGAAUUUCAGCAAGUGCGUGGUGUUGGUCGUCUGUCUUGUCCAUGUCGUCAGGAUAAUUGGCGGCACUGUUCACUUGCAUCUGUGUAGGACAUUGGGAGGGGAGUCUGUUGUUUUGUUUCUGACCUUUAGACUUGACGGAUAGUUUGUAGCUGAGGUAGAUGGAAGCGCUCAGCUCUCUCUGAUACUGAACAGACAUCCUCACAAUUAUUUCCUUUGUCCAGCUGUGUGCUGGUAUUCGGAUGUUUUGAUCCCGUAUGUCUUGGAAGUAGUGUUCAUAGUUUGAGUUUGCAAAGAUCAAUUUUCCGGCGGAUAUACUCGUCUGCGAAGGACAUGGAUAUAUUGUUCCGACUGCAUCUUUCUGCGCUUCAGGGCGUCUGGAAGCGUUGUAUAGAGAACGGCGGCAGAAACCCGAAAACAUUUCGGUUCAGCAAAGACGAUAUUCUGUUAUAGGACAUAGAAGACGCUAUUAAUACGUCAGAGGAGUUUGAAAGCUUCGCGUUUAUGAACUUUUCGAGAGGCUCUGAAGAUCUCAUCACGACAAGUGUUGCUGAUGCCAUUGAUUUCACACGAACAGAAUUGUUGUGAUGCAGUUGUAGGUGAUCGGAGGCCGGUGUCAGGGUUUUGUCAUCGUCGAGUGGAGGUGGCGCAAGGUUGAAUCGGUUGAUCGCAGGGGGCUGAGGCCGGAGUAGAAUCUCGGGGUGGAAGGAUGUCGAAGACUGUAGCUGGGUGGUUUGGACGCACUCACAGCAAGUCCUUCUCCAAGGACAUCAACAAACAUGACGGGCAGGGGUCGGAGCAGGAGGAUGAUAAGGAGAAUAAGAGCGAGAAGUCGUUGACGAAAUGCGAGUCCCUGCCGACGAGUCUGUCGUGCAUGGAAUCCGACGACGACGAGUCGCAAGCAGAUCAAGAGGGGCCGUGUGUGAAAUUUAACGAGAAGGAGCUGGGCCCGUUGGUGUCGUUGAAGGAGCAGCUGGAAAAGGACAAGGAGGACGAGAGUCUGAGGCGAUGGAAGGCGCAGCUGCUGGGGGUGGCGAGUGAGGAUGCGCCAGACGGUUUUGUGGAGCCGGAGGUGAACGUGCUGUCGCUGGGAGUGAUUGCGAAGGGACGACCGGACAGCGAGUUGCCGCUGCCGCUGGGGACGAACUCGCGGGGGUACACGUUCUCGCUGAAGGAGGGGUCGACGGUGGCGCUGAGGUACUCGUUCACUGUGCGUAACAACAUCGUGUCCGGGUUGACGUGCAUGAACACGGUGUGGAAGGCGGGGCUACAGGUGGAUCAGACACGGGACAUGAUGGGGACUUUCGCGCCACAGCAGGAGGCGUACGUGCACGUGACGGAGGAGGAGGUGACGCCUUCGGGGCCGCUGGCCCGCGGCGCUUACACGGCGCGGAAGAGGUUCAUCGACGACGACGGAAGGGUGCACCUGGACUUGGAGUACUCGUUCGAGAUCCGGAAGGAGUGGUAGAGUGGAGGGGAGAAGGGCGAAUGGGACGAGGGGAGUAUCGAUUGUGUGAUACAGUAGAAGGUCGAGUGCAGCGCGGGCGCAAGCCUGCGCGCGGGAGGGAGGGAUUAAUGGAGUCGUUGGCAAGGCAGGGGGAGGAGAUGGGAAGAGGCGAAGCCGUCGCUCGGAUGAGAUGGGGUGCAGUGCCCGUCGAGAGUGGGUGGCCGGAGACUUGCGGCGCAGCGCGUGUGGAAGCGUGCAGGAAGAGAGGGAUCAUCGAAGGGAUGAUGUGAUAUGAUUUGAAGGAAGGUGUGUGGCGAUGGGUAGGAUGGCAUGGCGUGUGCCGAAGUUAAGUUAAGGAGGUUGUGUGGACAUUGAUGGCGAAGUCUGGGUUGCCUAUGUAAUUUACAGCAUUUUACACA